CUUCGCUGGCCUUGGGGUUGAAGUGCUGUCAUGGCGGGCCCGGCAGCUCCCGGCCGGUUGGAAAGAGGCACGGAAAGUCUGGGGGUGCAGGAGGCGGCGGGUCCUGGAGGAGCCCUGGUGGAGCUCACCCCGACCCCCGGCGGCCUGGCUCUGGUGAGCCCCUACCACACCAACCGGGUCGGGGACCCUUUAGACCUCGUGGCGCUCGCCGAGCAGGUGCAAAAGGCUGAUGAAUUCAUCCGAGCAAAUGCUACUAACAAGCUGACAGUCAUUGCAGAGCAAAUCCAACAUUUGCAAGAACAAGCUAGGAAGGUACUGGAAGAUGCUAGAAGAGAUGCUGACUUGCACCAUGUGGCUUGCAAUAUGGUGAAAAAACCUGGCAACAUUUACUAUCUUUACCAGCGGGAAAGUGGCCAGCAGUACUUUUCCAUUAUUUCUCCAGGGGAAUGGGGAGCAGGCUGUCCCCAUGACUUCCUCGGUGCCUACAAGCUGCAACAUGACUUAUCGUGGACUCCAUAUGAAGACAUUGAGAAGCAAGAUGCUAAAGUUGGCAUGAUAGACAAGCUGCUGAACCAGCCCAUGGCCUUGCCCCCAUGCACUGAACCCACCUUCCAGGGACUAACUCACUGAGUAUGGCUCUGACUAUCAAUCCUGACAAAGGCCUGACCACUACCACCUCCUUGUCCACAUUCUUUUCCUUGGUGGGGUGGGGGUGGGAGGCCUCAUGAGGACUGCGUUUUUGGGUGAACUUCUUGGAAGGAGACCCUGGUGAAUGUAGAUGCUGUGUUUGCUGUCAGUUGGGAUGUCGAGGAAUCACAGAACUCCUGUGGGAUCUUCCUGGGUCCACUGAUGCCAGGUCACUUGGUUUCAAAGGAUUGGCUAGUGCCUUCCUUCACCUCCAGCUGUUCCUCCCUUAAGUCAAAAAACAAGAAAAGGAAGAGCCUUCUUCCCAAAGCAAGUUGGUGGAUCAUUUUCUAAGAGGAACCAUUUUCAUAUCUUUUGUGUCAGGUUGGUAUUGAAGCUGUCUUCAUAGGUGCCAGGCCUAUUUGAGGUUGAUUCAGGAAUCCCAGUGUUGCCUACGGAAGAUUAAAAAAGACAAAAACUUGG